CGAAGGACAGCGUUUUUCUUAUUGCGGCGGUGGAUUAACCACAGAUUAGCGAUGAACAAAUCUACUUCAAUCAUGAUGUUGAAAACAUUCUGUGUGCUGUUUAUUCUACAAAGUAGACAUGACGCCGCUGCAAUCAAACAAAAUUUAAACGGAUCACAGGCCAUAUCAAACAUGAGCUGUAUUGUGAACAACUGGAACGAUAACAUGGAGUGUAGGUGGGGUCAUCCCGACCUCUCCGUCACAGACGACAAACAGGUUAUCGUGCAGUAUAUUGUGCAGGACACAUCACAACAAAGUUUUCAGAUGUGUCCACUAAAAAUUACAGAGCGUACAUUCACCAGCUGCAAGUGGGAUGACGAUUUCUUGUUAGGAUUUUAUGAGAUCAAGAUCACUAUAGAAAAUACUGAAAGAAAUGAGAAAAUAAAUUCAACUCGAUGGAUUAAUACAAAUGAUAUAGUGAAACCUGCUCAGGUAGUUGAACUAACUGCUCAACUUUUACCUGCUCCAACUGCUCACCCUCCUAUAAAACAAUGCUGCCUGCUCCAAUGGAAACAUCACAAAACAUGGAACAAAAUCUUUAGAAUAUCUCAUCAAAGAGAGGGAGAUAGCUUUAGGGUUGUCAGAACAAAUCACACGGAGCAAACAUAUAAAGCUUGCGACCUCGAGCCAAAUUCAUACCACAACUUUUCUGUGGAGUGUUUGCCCGCUAAUCCAUUUUCUGGCAACUGGAGUGAUCCUGUGUAUGUGAACUUUUAUGUGGAGGAAUCAGCUCCAGAAUUGGGACCUGAAACAACUAAAGGAAGUUAUGUGACGUCUGAGUGUCAGGACGGUCAACAGAACAUCACUCUCUACUGGCAGGAAGUGCCAUUGAAUGCUAGAAAUGGAAGAAUUACGUCAUACCAGGUGCUGUCUGACAGAUUUUGUAAAGAUGAAGUGGUGGAUGCUUCUGUGUUAACAGCUCAACUUCAGUGUUCAUGUAAUGUUACAGCCAUUCACAUUUUUGCUCUCAAUAAAAAAGGAAAUUAUUCAUCUGUUGUGCAAAUUUCUUCUUUAAAAGUUCCUAAGGUGGUCCAAAACUCUCUGACUGUCCACUGGGAUGUAGAGAACUCUUCUGUGGAGUUUUCAUGGACGUCCAUUGACACAUUGAGCUACAGCCUUUACUGGUGUCAAAGACGGCCGCCAUAUUACUUCAGCUGUCAGAGCAACAUAUCUUGGUCUGUAUCCGCCCAGCCACCCACUGUUAUUAAAAUAUCUGGACCUGGACAAAACUUUAUCUUUGGUAUCUCAGUUACUAACCUCACACAAAAUAUGGCCUCUGGAAUUUUCUGGGCUGCCUGCUUGCUCAAGCGACAUGCAGCCAUCCCUGCCCCAACAAUACGGUACGUAGGGCAAGACAGCGAUAGUGUUAUUGUAGCCUGGUCACCGGUGGAUUGUAUGGCGACGUAUGUGCAAGUCACACACUACAUAGUCAUAUACUGUCACAGUAGCAGUUGUAAACAUGCCAAUAGAUCUCUUGAAGUUCCAUGGAACUCCACCAGUGUGAGGCUAGCAGACUUGGAACCUGACGAUUAUAAUUUGACUGUACUGAGCAGGUCACAGGAUGGAGUCAGCAAUCAGAGCACUUGGCAUCAUGUGAAGGUCAGACCCGUGGCUGGACCAAUGUAUUAUGUACAGAUCAUUAUCUACGUGUGUAUUAUCCUUGGAUGCGUUGGGAUAUCAUUCAAAUUUUACAGAGACAUGAAAAACUCAAAAAACAAAUUUCUGUCAUUACAUUUAUUUAAGAAUGACAUUUAUUGGACCCAUCACAUUAGUCACAGGUUUAACAGUGAACCUGAGACACCCUGCCACAGGUUUAACAGUGAGCCUGAGACACCCUGCCACAGGUUUGACAGUGAGCCUGAGACACCCUGCCACAGGUUUAACAGUGAGCCUGAGACACCCUGCCACAGGUUUAACAUUGAGCCUGAGACACCCUGCCACAGGUUUGACAGUGAGCCUGAGACACCCUGCCACAGGUUUAACAUUGAGCCUGAGACACCCUGCCACAGGUUUAACAGUGAGCCUGAGACACCCUGCCACAGGAAUGACAGUGAGACACCCUGCCACAGGUUUGACAGUGAGCCUGAGACACCCUGCCACAGGUUUAACAGUGAGCCUGAGACACCCUGCCACAGGAAUGACAGUGAGACACCCUGCCACAGGUUUGACAGUGAGCCUGAGACACCCUACCACAGGUUUAACAGUGCACCUGACAGUGUAUUGUCUUGUGCUGUGUCAGAUCAGAGCUGUGUCACACAGUGGACCAUGCUGGACACAUGUCAGGACAUGAGACCAGAGUCUCACCUGUCUCUGAAUGACACACACAUUGUCGCUGGAGAUGUCAUGACAUAUGUCAGUUCAGAUAUCAUGACAUAUGUCAGUUCAGAUGUCAUGACAUAUGUCAGUUCAGAUGUCACCUCCAACCAAUGGAGUUCACGUGUUACCAUUGCAGAUGAUCUACCAGAACUCACAGAGACAAAAAGAUGUGUCACACAUAAACCUGCACCUGCCACACAUAUACCUACACCUGCCACACAUAUACCUACACCUGCCACACAGGUACCUACACCUGCCACACAUAUACCUACACCUGCCACACAGGUACCUACACCUGCCAAACAGGUACCUACACCUGCCACACAGGUACCUACACCUGCCACACAGGUACCUACACCUGCCACACAUAUACCUACACCUGCCACACAGACACAAAAAGAUGGAGCCCACAUCACUAGUCUCAAAUACCUAGUGAUUGGUGGCACUGUUAAAGAACAAUAA